CGUGCGAUCCUCGUGGCGAAAGUUCGUAUAUGAGAGUAGAGAGAAGUUGCGCUUUGAGAGUCGUACUCGCGAUAACUGCGCCACAACGCGGAGUGUUUGUCUUUCACUUAUCAGAAGAUAAGAGCGGAUAUGGAACAGCGACGUCUAUCACACGGUGUUAGUUAGUGUGUUGUGUGCACCAGGAGUCAGACGCUGGCUGGAGAUGACUGGACUGUGAGUAUUGCGCCGCAGUUAAAUAUAGCCGGUGCGUUGUGCAACCGCCCCCGGGUGAUGGACUGCUACAAGAUGAACCUCAACAUCAUGGAGCCACUGGCCGAGCUGGAGGGCUUCGAGCCCCAAACCCGCGCGCGCUCCAACACGUGGCCGCUGCCCCGGCCGGAGAACUACGUCGAGCCGAACGAGGAGGGCAACAAGUGCGGCUUGCCCGCCGCCCCCACACCUGCCGUCGUGCCCGCCAAGAAGAACUCCAGCCGACGGAACGCCUGGGGCAAUCUCAGCUACGCCGACCUCAUCACCCAAGCCAUCACCUCCUCGCCGGACAAGAGACUCACCCUCUCGCAGAUCUACGAGUGGAUGGUCCAGAAUGUGCCCUAUUUCAAGGAUAAGGGCGACAGCAACAGCUCGGCAGGAUGGAAGAAUUCAAUUCGACACAAUUUAUCACUCCACAACCGCUUCAUGCGUGUACAAAACGAAGGCACCGGAAAAUCAUCUUGGUGGAUGAUUAAUCCGGACGCGAAACCAGGAAAAUCAGUGCGAAGAAGGGCGGCAUCAAUGGAGACUAGUAAAUUCGAAAAGCGAAGAGGGAGAGUGAAGAAGAAGGUCGAUCUUAUGAGAAAUGGCGCCCUUCCUGACACUACUCCUAGUCCUAGUUCGUCUGUAUCAGAAAGUCUGGAUUUGUUCCCGGAAUCACCGAUCCAUAGUAGCGGCACGGGUUUCCAACUAAGUCCAGACUUCAGACCUCGAGCUUCCUCAAAUACGUCCUCUUGUGGUCGAUUAUCGCCGAUACCAGCAGUUGUAGGUGUUGAACCUGAUUGGAGUUCUCCCAGUCAAUUCAAUUCGGCAAAUUAUAGUCCAGAAAUGCCCGGUAAUUAUUCACCCGAUCAGCUUGCAGGAAACCUCGAACAGGGCAUGAAACUCCAACCAGACGCCUAUAUGGGGUAUAUUAAUGGACAGACGCCACAACAACCGCCGCCUCCAUAUACGGCACCUUAUGAAUUCCCAGGACGUAGAGAAAUAAAUUCCUUACAUGCCACAUCGCCAUAUGGACUUUCGCAGUGUCCCAUUCAUCGUAUGCAUUCGUGUUCCUGCAUACAAGUUCCCUGUAAAGUCGAGAGCAUGUCGCCGGCAGGAAUGUCGCCUUCGUAUCCGCAUUCAGAGCCGUCUCCCGACCCUUUAAAUAGCCAAUAUUUGAUAAAUCGGGGUACGAUGCCGAGGCCACCUUCGAGCAGUCCUCCGUUGACGCCUCAGCCCAGCCAAGGGACACCCUCAACGAUGAUGGGUCAAUUAAUGGGAGCUUUAAACAAUAGUACGGUCCUUGACGAUUUAAACAUCAACGUGGAGUCGUUUCAAGGAGGUUUCGACUGUAACGUGGAAGAACUGAUCAAACACGAGUUGAGUAUGGAGGGAAGUCUCGACUUCAACUUCCCGAAUCAACAGCAAGGUGUUGUUCCACAAGGAGAGACGAUUUCAGGGAUCACCAGCUCCCAAGCUAGCGCACCUCCACCAUAUUCGACCACGGCAACGACGCCAUCGUGGGUGCAUUAACGCAGUGUUUGCUGAUUAACGGAAGCUUUUCAGCGAGCAUCGAGUCUAGUUCAAGUUGAUAGUCUCACCCCGCCGCCGUUUUAUCUGUUGUGCAACCGUUGACAAUGUAAUCUUGUUAUAAUGAUCUCGUGUUAUGCUCAUUAAUAAUUGUUUGUACAGAUAUAUGCUUUUUAUGUCUAAAAAUUAACAAUUUUUGCAAUUCUUAAGUUGCAUCCAAUUCUCGUUUCACUGGUGCCAUUUAACAUUUAAGUUCAUUGAUGCCAAUUGUUAUUAUGGUUAGGGAUUUAUGUUCGGAAACGGUCUAGCUUGGCAGCUCAAUAUUCUCGGAGACAAAGAACAUUUUGUGUUUUUUUCGAUUACAUAGGAAAUUUUUUAAAUUUGUAAUUUAUAUUCUAAGGCCACAUUUUAAUUAUGAGGAAUAAUGUAAUAUAAGAGUUAAUAUAAUUAAUGAAGCAGCAUUGCGAAGUGUUAAUAUCGUCGACGUUGUAUAUAGUGUUAGAUUUAGGUGCUUUGCGUACCUUUGUUGAGUUAUUUUUAUUUUUAUUAAUUUUUAUAAUUCAUUGUCAUUUUAUUCUCGUCAUGUCGGUACUGGUCAUAAAAUCUACAUUUUAUUGCCAAGUAGGCAUUAAGUUCAUCGUCAUUUUUAGAAUAAUUUUUUACUGUAAUAUUUGUAAAGUGUUUGAUGUAUGAUUGUACUAUUAAAUCAAUGUUUUUGACGCUUAUUUCAAUUUAUAAACAAUUAGUUGAAUUUUUUAAGUUGGGUAAAUGUUGCGUUGACAACUUAGUUACUUAUGCCUAUAAUUGAAUAUGUAUUGAUGUGUAUAAUUUACGAAGAGGCGAAAUGUAGAUGCAAUUUCAUAUUAGCUCGGGUCGGUCUUUGUGAACAUAGGUCUCAUGUACAUUUUUCAUUAAAGAAAUUAUUUAUACUUAGAAAUUAAUUUUUAGGCAUUCUAACGUUGUAUGCGUUAAGACAUAGUCAAUUAUAAUUUUUAAAACGCUACUUGUCAAUUUUCACAAUAUUGUGUACCUACCUGUGUAUGUAAAACACUCAACGCAAAGUGUAUAUUUUUGGAGUUUGUUUCAACAUGAAAAUAGAUAUUGUGCAUAUCUAUGGUUUAGUUUGUCCACAAAACACUGUACUUACAUAUGCACAUGCACAUGCAGUGAGUGUACAGUGAUAGCCGCUAUGUCAGGUGCCUCAAUUUUCUUUAAAUUCGUUAAUAUAUUAUUAUAAAUACUAAUUUUAAGAAAAUUAUUAUAUAUUAUAAAUUCACAUAUUGCUGUUUCACAAAAAUAAAUGAAAAAAAACA